CGGAGCUAUAUUCGUGGCCGCAAACAGCCUCAACAUCCGGGUCUCACGGUGUACGGGUGGUGAUCGUUGGGCACACGGUCACAGACAGCGCUGACAUCUGCUAGUCACCUGACCAUGGCGGUGACAGAGAACGUAUCCAGCUGUUCCCUGAGCGCCAUGUGGGACUGGUCACACUUGUCGCUUUCAGGCACGCCCCCAGCCUUUUCUUUACUGGACGCAGCUACUGACCUGCUGGUGCUAGAGAGGAACUUUGCAGGUGCCCUAGAACUGUGCGAGCGAGGCCUGCAGAUCAUAACUACAGAACCAAGGGACACAAAGAAUGAUCAGGUGAAGGCAGCCCUUGUGGUAAUAGCGAUCCAGGCCCUGGCAGAAAUGGAGCGAUGGCGGGAGGUGCUGCCCUGGCUGCUUCAGUAUUACCGCCCACAAGAGAUGCCACACAAUAUCAUGGAGAUGUGCCUCCUCCUGUAUAGCAGAGUGAAGCAGCCCCAUGUGAUGCUGGAGCUGAGCAGAGAUUGGCUUAGAGGUCACGUCGCUUAUCCUUCACUGCAGUAUAAGAGAGUAGCGGAGCUGCAUCUUAUAAAUAUUCUCCUCCCCCUUGGUCACUUCUCAGAGGCCGAGGAGUUGGCGCAGGACCCUCAGGUGUUUUCAAAACAGCAACAGGAAGUGGUGCUAACAGCCGUGAGAGAGGAAAAGCGCCGGUUGGAACGAGAGGAGGAGGAGGCCAAAGUUGAAAAAGAGCGUGUGAGCCAUGAACAGUCAGUCAGCCCAUCAGGAAAUGUAAGAGCAAGAUAUCUGCAGGUUGCUCAGCUGAUUUAUGGGGCCCUGAGUGCAGCACUGACGUGGACGCGUAAGAUACCCCUCCGACUGAUACUGCUUGCACUCCUACUCAUGUCAGUCAUUCUCCUGCGUCUUGAUCCAGCUUCUCCAGCAUCUCAAGGUCCGAUAUUACGUCUGCUACUUCUGUUCCGCCAGACUUUCUCUAGUUUAUUCAAGAAUCACUGAGCACACUCUUAAGUGGGGUUGAGAAUAAAAUGCCAGAGCUGCAGUAUAUACUGACACACAGGCUGGAAAAUACGUGAGAAGAAGCAGCAGCAAGGACAGUGUGGUUCUACAUUCUGAAGAUUGUGUACCUUGUGUACCUCAUUUUUAGAGGGGAAAAAAAACUUCUGGAUUUGACAAAAUUGUAAUUUAAAUGUUAAUUUAUAUAGAUUUUUUUUUGUAAUAAACAGAAUAUGAUUGUGCGGUU